AUCCACGUUUACUAAUAUUGAUUCAGUUACCCCCCGAUUAACAAAUUCCAUUCACCUAUAACAUAUCUACAGAACCUGGAAAACAGGAAGUUCCAUUCCAGUAAAAUACCAUGCCAAGGGAAACUGAACUGAGUUUGCUGCAGCUAUACCAGUGUUGUGUUCAAACGGUUCAAACCUUUAUCAGGCAAGAAAUUCAGGGCAAAGUGCAUCGAACAUCAGCUAUCAUCAAGAUAUGGGAGCUGCAGUUUCUUCAAUAAUCUCAUUCAAUGUUAUUAUUUAUGACCAAGGGGGGUUUAUGACCAAGGCUGUGGUAUAAAGGUUAUCCUUUUGUUUCCGCUGUGUUCUUCACUGCUGUCUCAGGUAAGAUGCACACAAACUGACAUACACUGCAACAGUCUUUAGGGUUACAGUCACUUAUAGAGCACAUAGAGUGGAAGGAAUCGGGAAGCAUUUUAAAGUUGCUGUGUUUCUUCUGGUGUUUACAGGAUGUUCAAGUUAGUGAUACUGUUCCUGACACUGUCAGGCCUCCAAGCUGCCCCACUUGCAGUCCUGAGAAGUUGGCAGAAGACAUCUUCAACCUAUAAGCUCCCGGAUGGCUUUCACCAGGGCACUGAACACUCCAACAUCCGUGAACCAGGGGGCUUCCGACAAGGCACAGAGCCCUCAAGGAGGUUUCUUGUUGACCUUAACACAGGCCUGGUGCAGGAACACAUCAGUGAGAUGGACAGGAAAGUGGCUGUCAUUCGUCCUUCUCUGGGCGAGGGAUUUGGAGAGAUGGAGAGAAGACACUGGCUGACAGAUGAGGUCCCCGUUGAUGUUCCAGCCCAGAAGAAUGGUGGUGGUUGGGUCCGGGUCGAGGAACCCUCUGCUCCUUAUCUCCCAGAUGGUUUCAGACAGGGAACCGAACCCAUAAUGUCGAUCCCAGAUGGUUUCAGACAGGGAACCGAACCCAUGAGGUCUAUCCCAGAUGGUUUCAGACAGGGUACAGAACCCAUGAUGUCUAUCCCAGAUGGUUUCAGACAGGGAACCGAAACCAUGAUGUCUAUCCCAGAUGGUUUCAGACAGGGAACCGAACCCAUGAUGUCUAUCCCAUAUGGUUUCAGACAGGGAACCAAACCCAUUCUUACAAUCCCAAAGCGUUUUAGACAGGGAACUGGACGCAUUACCUCCAGGCUUCAAACAAAAAGAGUGGCUUGUAAGGGGGAGGUCAUCGAUGGAAACUGCUAUGAGUUCAACCCAACGUUGCUGGCCUUUCAAGAUGCACAGGCUUUAUGCAGAGCUCUCGCCCCAAAUGCUGAGCUUGCAUCUGUAACCACUGGCGAUUUACAUUCCCGCCUGGUCUCCCUGGCAACCAAGGAUGGCGAGAGCAACCCUGUGUUGACCUGGCUGGGAGGCAUUGUCAAGAACCAGCAGGCAUCAUGGGUUGACGGGUCAGAGUGGAGUUACAGCGACUGGAUGCCAGGUCACCCCAACAUUCACACUGAUAAACCUGUCUGUGUGGAGAUGUUUAAGAUAGACGAGAGCUGGUGGACGGCAUCCGACUGUGAACUGAAGAGAGCGUCCAUCUGCUCAUACCAGAUCACUGCAUAAAAACCACAAAGAAACAGCUUAAGUGGAUGGGUUUCUGGAAUCGUUCUCUUAUGAAUAACGUUAACAAUUUUAAAGACAAUAUUGUUCAUUUCACAACAUCAGUUUGGACUACCAUCUGUCUCUAUUUCCUUAAAUAAAACUUGGAAUUUUACAUCUAUGCGUUUCUAUUUUGAAAUAUGUGACCAAAAUUGACAUGAG